GUGCGAAGCCCGAUGCCGGUGAAUUAAUGCCAAUCAUCUCGUCUCCCGGUGGGAGGAGGAGGCUGGGCUUCGCGGUGCGCGCUGCGUUACCCAAAGGGCUGUCCUCCUGGUGGCAGCUUCUCCUGUGCUGGAUUCAUCAUGAUCACCCCAGAUUUUGAGCUGAGCCAGGAUCCAGAUUUUCUUACAAUAAUCAUCAGAGUGCCUUAUGCAAGAGUGUCAGAGCUUGACUUGUUUUUUGAAGGGGAGGACUUUAAGUUUUAUGCGAAGCCUUACUUUCUCAGACUGACACUUCCUGGAAGAGUUGUGGAAAAUGGCAGAGAAAAAGCAUCUUAUGAUACAGACAAAGGGACUUUUACAAUUCAGUUACCUAAGGAGAGUCCUGGGCAGUAUUUUGAAGGACUGGACAUGCUGACAUCUCUUUUAGCACCAAAGAAAUCAAGGACAGCAAAACCUUUAGUGGAGGAGAUAGGUGUCCCUGCUGAUUUGGAGGAGGAGGAAGAGGAAGAGUUUGACUGGGAAGUAGAGCAGACCCUUUAUAAAGAAGCUGCAGAAAGCCCUCUAUCACUGCAGUGCUACUAUGGAUUUGGGAAUCUGCGGUCAGGGGUGUUCCAGCGGCUGCAGGAUGAACUUGGUGAUGUUAUAGAUGUUAAGGAUCCUGACCAAACUCCAACAGAUGAACGCAAGAUGAAGCGCCUGGAAGCUGAAGCUGCCAAGUUUGAUCCUGAUCAUUACCUAGCUGACUUUUUUGAAGAUGAAGCUAUUCAGCACAUUUUGAAGUACAAACCGUGGUGGGUUGAUGCUCAUGAAAAAAUGAUGGCGUUGCAGGGAGAAAGUAGUCAGAGCUGUGACAGUCAUAUGUCUGUGAUCUUCUCGGAGGAAGAGAGAGAACAGCUGAGGAAGUUCACAAAUAAGUCCUAUCUUCUGGAUAAAAGAAGUCGUCAUCAUGUGUAUCUUGGUUUAAUUGAUAUCCUUCUGGCAUAUUGCUAUGAAAUCUGUGUCAAUGAAGGAGACAAAAAUGUUGAAUCAUCUUGGAAUGUCAGGAAACUGAGUGCAACAUUGUGCUGGCUGGAGUGUUUCACUAGCAUUCAUGAUGUCCUGGUAUCUUUUGGGAGAAGAGUGGUAUGCUAUCCGCUGUACAGACACUUUGGAUUGGUGACACGUGCCUUCAAUGAUGCAGUCAUGAUACUGCAGCUAGGAAGAGCUGCAGUUUUGAAAUGUUUGCUGGACAUUCACAGAAUUUUUAGGGAGAGUGACCCUGCCUACAUCCUUAAUGAUCUCUUCAUUACAGACUACUGCAUCUGGAUUCAAAAAGUCAAGUCAAAAAAGUUGGCUGCACUUUCUGAAUCCUUGCAGAAAACCACGCUUACAAAGUCCCACUUAGGAUUUGAGCUAGAAGAGCUGGAAGCAGCAGCAGUGCUGGUACUAGAAGAAGAGAGCAAGUUAACAGCUGCUGGCAUGGUUUCCAGGCAACAGCUGCCAUCCUCUGAGUCGGAGACAAGUGACUCUGAAGAAUCAAGCAGCACUUCAUCAUCUGAGACAGAAGGGUCUGAUUCAAAUGAGCGAGAGUCCUCAACUGCUGAAGAUGGGAAAAUAAAUUCUUUACCAGGCAUGCUUCAAGAAGAGAGGACAGCUCCACUUAUUGACUCUAAUGGAUUAAGGCAAGGCACAAACGCUUCAACGUUUGAGGUUAGUGAUGAAAAAUCAAAGGCUUCUUUGCAAUCUACUUCUGUUCCUGGGAAAUUGAUAGAAGAAUUAGAAAAGCAAAUGCACACUGCCAUGAGACUUUCGGAACAACCUGAAGGAUUAGCCAGUGCAAGUGGCUUUGCUUUACAGGAACAAGAAGAAAACCAUGUAUCUGAACCUGCCAGGUUUCCCAGGGUUACUACUGGGAAGGGGGAUUUCCUGGAGGUGCCUUCAAAGACAAAUCCACUGCUUUUCCUUUGCAGCACAAAUGAAGAUGAAGACUAAGGGGCUAUGUUAGAGCACAGUGUGACCCACUAGCACCGCAGUGCUGCACUGAGUUCUUCCCAAGGCUAUCCUAAGCUGCAGAGGGAAGUUAGUAUUCUUCUUUGUGUUGACAGUUUCAAAGACAAGAUUUCUUCCGAAAAGAAUUGAUGUGACUAUAUGGUACUCUCACAAUUAUUUAUUUUUUUUUUAAUUCAAAGAAUGAGAAUUGAUCUCUGUGUAAGAAUGUGGAAUUCCAGUAAGCUUUUAGAAAAAGUUUUUGUUAAGAUAUGUACAAGAAUGAUGCUGUAAUCAAAUACGGUUGAAAACACUUGUAGUGUUUCAGUUAUUUUUACAUGUUGGGAUUUACUUAAAAUGUUCUCGUGUUUGCAGAAACUUGACAUUUUUCCACAUUGUUUCAUAUUGAAAUGUUUUUAGCUAACUACAUUAAAAGUAUUGAUGGUUAUAAUGUUAAUGUAAUUAAUCCUGACACGUUAGGUGCAUUCUAUUUUUUUAAAUAAAGGAAAGUUUUAGUUCAGAAAGGCCUAUAGCUUAUAUUUCU